GAGAGAGAGAUGGCGUAUCGAUUUUUCUGUGAUUAACAUAAUAGUCCCCUUGACGUCACAAUCGAUCUCGGGAUUGUCUCAGUCUAAAAUAUGGCAGAGGGAUUUUAACAAAAUGCUGAAAUUGAAUUGCUUUCUUCGACCCGACUACUCCUUGAGAUUGACACAUGACAUUAGUCCAGAAAAUCUGCCAGACAACCCGGAUGACUACGAGUCGGAAAUAAGAAAGGAGAAGUACAUUUUGUCAUGUUUGACGAAGCGCGCACCGUCACCGGAAGUGGAAUGUACAAAAGACAAUGGCGAUGAGAAACAAGAGUUAUCUCCCCUUCAAAUUAAACAAAAAACAUUAGAACAGCUCAACAAUGUUAUAAACAAUCAAUAUCAUGGCGUAAUAAGACAGGGUGAAAAACAGCACAACAGCAGGGACCAGCAUAACAUCGGGGACCAGCAUAACAUCGGGGAACAGCAUAUCGUAGGGGAACAGCAUAUCGUAGGGGAACAGCAUAUCGUAGGGGAUUCAGAGUAUACGGUUAAGGUGGAUGCCGAUCUGAUCAGCAACACUCAACAGAAAAAAACCGACAUUGACAACACAACCCAAGAAGGGGAUACUCUGAUAAUAGACGAACUACAAAAAAAUUCAACAAUAGCAAAGAGACCCAACACACUAUCAGGGUGUCACGUGGUAAAGCCUGUGUUAACCAAAGGAAACAGGAAACACCGCAGGCUACCUGCUGUUCCGGCCGCGCAGGUUCACACCUCAGUGGUUCCAAACCAAGCUCAGAAUACAAAACCUGUUAACGAAAAAUGUCUGGCAGACGAGCUACAGGAGGCGUUACUUCGCGUGGACACCGACGAGGUGUUUAUUGACGACCAGCCUCCAAAACGGAACAAGGUGUACCCCAAAUUUAGCAAGCAGUAUUUGGAUGACUUGAAGUACGUUUGCUUUAACUCUGUGUCAAGUAACACUGCGCCCUGUCUGUCGUCUGACAACGUCUAUCUGUCAGAAGACUCCGUGCCGGAUACCAGACCGAGACCACAGUCCGGUCACGUGCCACAAAAUGUGCGCCACCUGUCGACAGGAAGUUCGCGUCUUUCAUCAUCAAGUGAUGUGGAUGUGGAGCCUCUGAGUAACCUAGAUCAAACUAUUAAAUCUCAAACACCUUUACAAACCAAAGAACAAAAACAGUCCAUCGCUUUAAAAGAGGAAAUGAGCGAGUUGUCUGCUUCGGCCGCUGUACCUUUGACGUCAGAUGACCGAAGGAGGAGAAACAGUGGGGAUGACCAUCGCAAAUCUUCGUCUGUUUUUGGGGACACCAACUUUCUAGAUCUGGAGGUCACUCACCGAGGAAUGCACCGCUUUAUCCCGCGUCAUCAGGACGAAAUCGUCAUCGAGAUCGGGGACCCCAUCCACGUGUUCCGCCUUGACGACGACCUCUGGUGUGAAGGAGUAAAUUUACGAACCUUACGGCGAGGGAUAUUCCCUUCCAUGUAUGCUACUGACCUGAACUUCCUAGAGGAGUCAGACACCGACGAGGACGGGAACUCCCACUUCAACAUGAGGUUCCUGGGUUCUGUGGAGGUCAGCGGUCACAAAGGCGAUGACGUGCUAUGUCAGGCAAUCAACAAGGUGGCGCUCUCCCGCCGGUCAGCCAAAACAAGCCCACCCCCACCCAUCGUGUCGGUGGAGAUCAGCCAAUACGGAAUACGCAUGCUCGAUAAGAGUAAAUUAGGGCAUGAAACAGACGACCAUUUUACUCAUUUCUUUGCUCUAAAGAAUAUUUCGUUCUGUGGCUUUCAUCCCCGUAAUGAGAGGUAUUUCGGAUUCAUUACUAAACACCCCAAGUCGUACCGGUUUGCAUGUCAUAUAACCACUGCAGUUCGGAGUGAUAGUGCCUCCAACCCUGGCACUGAGAAGUCAAGUUUUGAAGACAAGCGAUGUAAAUGCGUAUGUCCCAAUGUUGCACCAAAUGGAACCAUCUUGGGCAAAAGUAAAACUUGGAUCAAGGAUGAUCUUGACCCCACAAGCUGUGAUUGUAAUCAUGUUCUAGAAGAAAAUGCCAGUGGUGAAGUGUGUGCUCUCUGUGAAUGUCAGUAUGAGAGCAGGAAUACUACAGCUAUUAAGGUUGUGGUGAUUUUCAUCAUCUGUGUGGUGUCCCUACUCUUUAUCUACAUGUGUUUUCUGCUCUGUCUGGAUCCCCUGAUCACCAAGCGGCCGCGGACCCAGUACCAGCAGCAGGUUAACGAGGAGGUGAAUUUGGACAACUUGGCGUCUGAGGCCCAGAGACCGUCCACUGUGAGACAGCGGCCUGACAUGGGUCGCCAGAGAUCCGUCAUUAACCAGGUGACCGACGUACAGAAGAGGUGGAAGGACACCGUACAGGAGCAGAGGAAGCAGAUCUACGACAAUCACUCCCUGCUAAACUAAACAGAGGGAGACAUUUACCAACUCUCCCUCAGCCUAACAGAAACUAUCUAGGGUUCUCUACAACGCUAGGCCUACUGGAGGCUGCUCAUUACUACAACGUCCUUGUGACAAAUAAUUCAGAGGGUGGACGAUUCUGUGUUCACGGACAAUUCUGUGUCCACUGACCAAAAGGAACACAUUCCUUGAUCUGAGGAAUUACUGUAUUUAUGUAUAUUUGUCUAAAUGAAACACAGAUUUCUCUGAUGUUUGAUUAACUUGCAUGCUUGUAUUCUUUAUUGUUUGAGGCUGCAGUUUAAGAAAAGCAUUGGUACUGUAGAAUCAUUUUUAUUUGUGGGGGUCAAUGUUUAUGAGAAACCAAAAGUUUCCGGGUUCGAGGGGAAAUAGUUUAGUUGGUAGAAAGUUCUAUUUUGUAAAUAGAUAUUGAACAAAUUCUUGUAUAUACGUUCAUGGGGAUUUAAAAUCCUUGGUAAGGGUUACCUAUGAAAGCCACCAAAAUUGGUCCCCCAUGAAAAAUCGUGAUUUCACAGUAAUUAAAUUGAUUUCAGUCUCAUUGAAUGAUGUGCAAAGUUUAUACCAAACUAAUUAUUACUAUGUAAUUAUAUGAGCAUAUUUUAUCAGUUCUAAAUUGUUUUUAAUUUGUAGCUGAUAAAUGGAGAAAAAAAUUCAAUAAAUUUAAGUCUGAUUAGUCAAAUCGAGGAAAUAAUGCAGCUUUUGUUUACUCGAGAUGUGAAACCUUUAUAUAGGGAAGGUAUAAGCUAAGUUUGUAUGAUAUAUUUGUGUCAUUUCAUUGCUCUAUGUCUAAUAUAUUGCAUCGUACACAAAAUGUCAACUUGUAUGUAUUACUUAUAGUAUUGACCUAUGUCAUGCAGCAGUCUCAUUCAAUUUGAGAAGGAGAGGGGUCUUUUAAUCGCUAACAUUUCACUUAAUAUGACCUAACAAAUACUCAGAGGAAGAGAGUUAUUUAGUUUUCCUUUGAAGGUUAUUCCAGAUCCUUAUAUGGUGAAAAGCUUAUAAUGUUACUGUGUUCAUAACUCAGAACUGUGUGGUUUAUGAAUUACAUGAAUUGUUAUGUGUUUGCAUGCUGAUGAUAUUUAUUUUAAUUUGUUAUUGUAGGAGGCUCCAUUUCUAAAGAACAAAACUAUUUAUGUUUAUUUAUUAAGGCGUUUUUUAAAUAAAAUUAAAAAUUAAAGUGUAUAGACAGUG